UUCUUGAUUCUUUCUGUCCUUUAUCCAUAUUGUUUAAUCCUCUGCUAUCUUGGCAGUAACGUGGUGACAUUGCAGUUCCUCAAUUCUUGAAAUACGGGUCAAACUCUCUUUAAAAUAAGCAGUAAAAUAUUGUAAUUUGCUUCACCCUCGCCGCACUCUUUUGUUGUAUUAGGUGAUAACUGAUAAAUUAUGCCUGUUUGAUGUAAACAGAUUAAUAAACUUCUUUUGGUCUGUAUUAAAAUCCCUUCUACUGCUGCAUUUAAUCUUCCCCUAGUUAUUUGUCAUUAUUUUUCUCAUGUUGAGAGAGAAAUCUUGAUUAAACAGUUGGAUUUAAGGCAAUGUCUACCAAGUUGUGAGAAUAGCUUGUGUUCUUCUGGUCAAAUCUUUAGCCUAGAAAAAGACUUAUCAGAUCAAAAACAUGGGUUUGGUUAAUAAUCCUUCAGACAUGUUCUCUUGUUAUUUCGAACAAGAAAACAAGACCUAGGUUAGAAAUUUUACUUAGUUCGACUUUUCAUAGGGUUUCAAGAUGAAACAAGAUACCAUGACUUUCUAAGAUAUUUUUCUGAAAUCUGUAAAAACCAUAGGGUUUAGAUCUGGAUUCUUAUCAGUUUUGUAGUAGGAAUCCGAAAGAUUUUGUUUUAUGAGAAAUGGGUGAGGAAGAGACUAUUCCUAUUCACAAACAGCAAGAUCAAGAAAAUUAUCAGCCCAAGAAUGGGAUCUACAAUGCUGUUUGCAAACCAGUUCAUUGGUUCAAAAUGCUUGCUUUGGAAUUGCACUGGAGUUUUGUCUUUGGGGUGGUGAUUACUUAUGGAAUUAGCCAAGGACUUGGUGGGGCUCUUUCGCGGGUGGGCACACAGUAUUACAUGAAGGAUGUGCAGAAAGUGCAGCCUUCUGAGGCUCAGGUUUACUCAGGAAUCACUUCAAUUCCUUGGAUAGUGAAACCGUUAUGGGGUCUUCUCACAGAUGUUGUUCCCAUUUUGGGGUAUCGUCGAAGACCUUAUUUCCUUUUCGCUGGUUGUCUCGGGGUAAUCUCCAUGCUCUUCUUAUCAUUGCAUGAGAAGCUGCAUAUAAUACUUGCACUAGUGUCAUUGACGGCAGCAAGCGCGAGUGUUGCCAUUGCAGAUGUGACUGUUGAUGCAUGUGUGGCACAGAACAGUAGUAUCCAUCCAUCUCUUGCAGUUGACAUGCAAAGCUUAUGUGCUCUAAGUGCUUCAAUUGGGUCACUUGUGGGAUUCUCUUUAAGUGGUAUCUUUGUUCACUUAAUUGGUCCACAGGGGGUGUUUGGCUUGUUGGUAAUACCAGCUGGACUUGUGAUGUUAGUUGGUGUUUUGCUCAAGGAAAAUCGGUCAUCCAGCUUUGCAUAUCAGCAGAUAAACCAGAACUUUCUAGAUGCUGGCAAAGCUAUGUGGAAGACCUUGAAAUGCUCGGAUGUGUGGAGACCAUGUUUAUACAUGUACUUGUCCUUCUCGAUGAGUUUAAGUAUCUCUGAAGGGAUGUUCUACUGGGUUACAGAUUCAAAGGCAGGUCCAUCAUUUUCUCAGGAAAUCAUUGGUUAUAUAAUGGCGAUUGGCUCCGUAGGCUCUCUUUUGGGAGCUAUACUAUAUCAAUAUGGAUUGAAGGACUACCCAUUUCGUGAUUUACUCCUCUGGACUCAGAUACUAUUAUGUCUCUCGGGAAUGCUCGAUUUGCUACUUGUUCUACGUGUAAACUUAAAACUUGGGAUACCGGACUUUUUCUUUGUGGUAAUUGAUGCAAGUGUUUCUUCCAUGAUCGGGCGACUCAAAUGGAUGCCACUUCUUGUUCUAAGUUCAAAACUCUGCCCCCCAGGCAUUGAAGGAACCUUUUUUGCUUUGCUCAUGUCAAUUGAUAACGCGGGAGUUCUUACAUCAUCAUGGUUUGGAGGCUUGUUGCUUCACAUUUUGAAGGUUACAAGGACACAGUUCGAUAACUUGUGGAUAGCCAUUUUGAUAAGGAACAUAUUGAGGAUUAGCCCGCUAUGUAUACUAUUUUUGGUGCCAAGAACUGAUCCUAAUUCAUCUGUUCUUCCCAGUGAAGUAUUGGAUUCAAAAGAGGUUACUGAAACUUUGGCACCUGAGAAUAUUGAGCUUGUUUCCCUCGUUAACAAUGUGGAUAGUAGAUAGCAUUACACUACAUCAUCAAAACGAUGAAUGCAAAACGAUACUCCUAUAUCAUUUCAACACGUGAGAAUAUUCAGAAAGGAUUCAGCACUACGGGUUGUUAGAGGUGAAUGGUGAUAUGGGAUGCUUCCCUUUGUACUUGCAUGUAUUCUUUUGUAUGAUUAUAGAUUUCUUGAUCUUAAUAAAAUUCUUUUGCUCACAAUAUAUGGAAGGAAAUUAUGUUGUUUAGGUAUUUAAAAUUUAUAUUUACACUUA